AACGAUUUCGCGGGGAAAGAUUAGCGCCGUCGAGUCCAGAACACACACAUAAUGAGUUUGUCGGUUUUAACCGGAGACGUUUGAUGUUUCGCCUCUUUUAGCCCCACAGAGCGGGAACUGCCCCUUCCUGUGUCUACUGUGUGCCCUGAGUUCGUGCCUGCAGGUAACACAGCUCCAUGGCGGCUGUCCUCAUACCAGCUGAACCUCCGACACACCUGAGUUCCUCACCUGUAUCCACGCAUCAUCCAAUCCUGUGGUGUGAUUACUGGAGGGGGGCGGGGCUAACGUCUGUAUGUCAGAGGUCUGCUGGCAGGGAAGGGAUUAGGGACUGCAUUACCCAGCAUGCACUGUGUGUGUUUGUAAAAUCCCUAAAGAGGAUUUAUGUGGAUGAGAGACGACAUGCCGCUGAAGAGAGAAGACACUGAGCGCGCUCUGCAGGUGAUGGAGGCCUGUCAGGCCGGAGCUGCUGAAGGGGUCAAAGGUCGCGCAGAGAAACUGCUGAACAUCUUCCAGAGUGACCUUUUCCAGGCUCUGCUGGACAUUCAGGAGUUUUACGAGCUGACUGUUUGUGAGAACCAGACGGCGAGUCGACCACACACACCUGCACAGAAGUAUCGUUACCAAGACGAUGAGACUCCGCCUGUCGACCCCAGCCCCGGUCACAUGACCCACGGACGCAGCACCGAACUGAGCCACGCACACCUGGACGGAUACACACACCCCGCCGCACUCACCAUGAACGGAUCAGAGGGAGAGCUGGAGUACGAAGAGAUCACACUGGAGAGGGGGAACUCUGGUCUGGGCUUCAGCAUCGCAGGAGGAACUGAUAAUCCUCACAUCGGAGACGACCCGUCCAUCUUCAUCACCAAGAUCAUCCCUGGAGGAGCCGCCGCCCAGGACGGACGCCUCAGGGUGAAUGACAGCAUCGUAUUUGUUAACGACGUGGACGUGCGUGAGGUCACUCACUCCAUCGCCGUGGAGGCGCUGAAGGAGGCGGGCCCUGUCGUCAGGCUGUACGUCCUGCGGCGACGCCCACCGACAGAGCGCAUCACACAGAUCAAACUAAUGAAAGGACCUAAAGGUCUGGGCUUCAGUAUAGCCGGCGGUGUGGGGAACCAACAUGUUCCUGGAGACAACAGCAUCUACGUCACCAAGAUCAUCGAGGGCGGGGCGGCCCACCGCGACGGACGGCUACAGAUCGGAGACAAAAUACUGGCUGUGAACCAUGUGUCUCUGGAGGACGUCCUGCAUGAAGACGCUGUCUCGGCCCUGAAGAACACAGGGGAGGUGGUCUACCUGAAGGUGGCCACGCCCACCUCGCAGUACAUCCACCCUGCUGAUCGAUACAGCCCCCCCGACCUGACCAGCUCCUACAUGGAGCCGGACUACAUGUGCGAUUACCCACAAGCCCUCCCUCCUCCGUCACCACGACGAUACUCACCCAUCCCCCGCGGCAUGAUGGGGGAGGACGAUUACUCCCGAGAGCCCCGCAGGGUUUGUGUGCAGCGUGGGUCCACCGGCCUGGGCUUCAACAUCGUGGGUGGAGAGGACGGAGAGGGGAUCUUCAUCUCCUUCAUCCUGGCAGGAGGACCAGCAGACCUGAGCGGAGAGCUCAGGAAGGGAGACCAGAUCCUCAGUGUGAACGGUGUGGAUCUCAGGUAUGCCACACAUGAACAGGCAGCAGCAGCUCUGAAGAAUGCCGGACAGACUGUUACCAUAGUAGCACAGUACAGACCUGAAGAGUACAGCCGUUUUGAAGCAAAGAUCCACGACCUGAGAGAGCAGAUGAUGAACAGCUCGUCUGGAAGCCUGAGAGCCAACCGCAGCUUCUACGUCAGGGCCCUGUUCGACUAUGAUAAGCAGUGGGACUGCGGCGUCCUAUCACAAGCUCUGGACUUUAACUUCGGGGAGGUCUUUCAUGUGAUGGACAGCGCCGAUGACGAGUGGUGGCAGGCCCGACGAGUGACCCAGCAGGGGGAGCUGGAGGAGCUGGGAUACAUCCCCUCCAAGCACAGAGUGGAGAGGAAGGAGUGGUCGCGCAUGAAGAGUAAAGGGAGGGAAGGUUUCGUCCACAGCUACGAGCUCAUCACUCAGAUUGAAGUGGACUACGCUCGUCCCGUCAUCAUCUUGGGGCCGACCAAGGACCGAGUCAAUGACGACCUGCUGUCCGAGUUCCCGGACAAGUUCGGCUCCUGCGUCCCUCACACGACUCGCCCUCGGAGGGACUACGAGGCCGAUGGGCGGGACUACCACUUUGUGUCGUCACGGGAACAGAUGGAGCGGGACAUCCAGUCCCACCGCUUCAUCGAGGCGGGGCAGUACAACAACCACCUGUACGGGACGUCGGUGCAGAGCGUCAGACAGGUGGCCGAGCAGGGGAAACACUGCAUCCUGGACGUGUCUGCAAACGCAGUGAGGAGGCUGCAGGCGGCUCAGCUUCAUCCCGUCGCCAUCUUCAUCAGACCGCGCUCCCUGGAGAACAUCCUGGAUCUGAACAAGCGUCUGUCGGAGGAUCAGGCGAGGAAAGCUCUGGAUCGAGCCAUCAAACUGGAACAGGACUUCCUGGAGUGUUUCACAGCCAUCGUGCAUGGCGACAGCUUCGAGGAGGUCUACCACCUGGUCAAAGCCGUCAUCGAGGAGCAGAGCGGCCCUUACAUCUGGGUUCCCGCCCGCGACAGACUCUGAUUGGUCACUGCCAGCCCCAGGGCGCCGUCUCCAUGGUAACUGCUGUUGCCCCCCCCUUCUCCUCUCAGCGGCGGCGGGACCUGACGGAGGGCUGACGUUUGUCUUUUUACGGUUUUCUUUCUACGGGAAGACGACAAUUGGAUGGAUGCUGUAACCACGGCAACCGAGCUGUCUGUCUCUCUAUUACGUGGGGAGAGACAGGUGAUGAUUGAUUGAUUGAUUAUGUGUUGAUUCAAUAAUCCUGUAUUAUCAGUAAAUAAUGAAUCAGGACUGUAGAGUUCAGUUGGUAUUGAAGUAUUUAUAUUAUCCUAUUUAUUUAUUGAUUUAUCUAUUGAUUGAUUGAUUUAUUUAUGUGACGUGAAAAUGGUGUGUGCGUGUGUGUGUGUGUGCGUGUGUGUGUGUGUGUGUGUGUGUGUGCGUGUGUGUGUGCGUGUGUGUGUGUGUGUGUGUGUGCGUGUGUGUGUGUGUGUGCGUGUGUGUGUGUGUGUGUGUGUGUGUGCGUGUGUGUGUGCGUGUGUGUGUGUGUGUGUGUGUGUGUGUGUGUGUGUGUGUGUGUGUGUGUGUGUGUGUGUGCGUGUGUGUGUGUGUGUGUGUGUGUGUGUAGUGUACAUAAAGACUUGUGUGACUGUAAAUAAAACGAUGGGGCUCAAACACACAGUCUAUUCAGGGCUUAAAGUAUCAAACACUAGACUACAACACCCACAAUCCUCCUUCUGCUUGGACUACAACACCAACCAUCUUCCUCGUUUGGACUAUAACACCCACAAUGCCUCUGACAGCAUCAUCCUAAACUCCUUUCAUCUGGACUACAAAGCCCACAACCCUCCUCCUCUGGACUACAACAGUCCUCCUCCGUUGCUGCAGGUUUUAGCGACCAGCGUCUCUCUGGUUGCUUAGCAACAACAAAAGGGGGAAACUGAACACUUCCAUUUUUAAUCCAACUGCGGUGGACUACAUUACCCACAGUUCCCAGCUCCAGUGAAGGAUUACACCGCCCACAGAUAUCUACAGCACAGAUGGACUACAUUACCCACAAAUCCCAGCUGAAGUUCUCCUAGCCACGAUCCCUGUCUGUGGGUCUGUUCUGGACUACAGUACCCAUGAUUCCAGAGAGUCGUCAGCACAGUGUAGGGAAGGACUCCAUUACCCACAGUGCUUUGGGAGGAAGGAGACGCUGUCCUCCACCUGUGACAGCGAGCGGUGUGUAACCAUGGCAACUGGUUUCUGAUGGUUCCAGUGUUUUUAGACUGAAUAUCAGGGUCAUGUGAAUAAUUCUAAUAAUUAUUAUAAUAAAAAUAAUCCUAAUUAUUGAUGAUGUAAUAUCAUCUCACACACACACACACACUCACACACACACACUCACACACACACUCACUCACACACACACACACACACACACACAGCGGGGUUACUUGAGGUCGUCGCUUCUUUCUGAGCACUGACAGCAACACUUUAAUAAAGUUAUAAAAUCA